CCUCGACUUCGAAUCAAGGUCUCGAAAGAUUGACGACGAUGAUGAUGCUUAGGCAAGCUGCGAGGAACGCUGUUCUAGGGCUGACGUCACGCGAAUCUCGGCCUCUCGGGAUCGCGUCUCGAUUAUACCACAAGAACGUAAUCGACCAUUACAACAACCCCCGCAACGUGGGCUCCUUCGACAAGAACGAUCCCACCGUCGGUACUGGCCUCGUCGGAGCUCCGGCGUGUGGCGAUGUGAUGAAGCUUCAGAUUAAGGUCGAUGAAGAGACUGGCGAAAUCGUUGACGCCCGCUUCAAGACCUUCGGCUGUGGCUCCGCCAUCGCUUCUUCUUCUGUCGCCACUGAAUGGGUGAAAGGCAAAGCAAUGGAGGAGGUCCUGACCAUCAAAAACACGGAAAUAGCGAAGCAUCUGUCACUUCCACCGGUGAAGCUGCACUGCAGCAUGCUCGCUGAGGAUGCCAUCAAAGCAGCCGUCAAUGACUACAAGGCCAAGCGUGGCCUCUCAAACGACGCUGCUUGAUUCUCUUCUUCUACUAGUAACGUCCAUAAGCAGAUGGGUGUGUGUGAGUGAGCGAGCGAGCUCGCUCAUGAAAUAUACUAAGUACCAAAGGACCGGAACGUCUUAUGGGUAAUAUUUCUAAGUUUGUUUACGACUCUGAAAUACUUUUGAAUAAGCUUUUGUUUGAAUGGUAGUACUUGUUGGGUACAAUAAGGGAAAAUAUCUUUUAAUAUUAUGAUAUCGUAUGUAUGUGUGUGUAUAUGUAUACACUGGAUUUCCCACUGUCAAGCUUCUUGAUUCAAAUUAGAAUAUAAUCAGGGCUGGACAUCA